CCCCACAUCCGUCAUCGCCUCCGAGUCACAGGUACCUGCCCCGACCGGCGGAGGAAGAUUCUCCAUUUCCUGCCAACCAACCAACCAACCCUUCUUUCGUUGCUUCAUUUUUGCUUCAUCCCUCUUUUUCUUUUCUAUCCGUCUUUGUCUCUUUUUCAGGGCUCGACCAGUGUGCAUCCAGUCUUCGCUUCCUUGAUACGAUACGACAUUCGUUCGACAGAGCUGCAGACGAUCAUACGAGCGAAAAGGAAUAAAAGAAGCAAGGCCGCGAAGAAAGAAGCUCCCUUGACAUACAAACAGACACCGACGUCUCCAUCUCGACAAGCGUAGACCUGCCUCGCAUCUCUCGAGAGCAUCAGCAAUCACACAGACGGUCUCUCCAGCUCCUUCAGUCACAAACCAUCUCCAAAAUGUCCACCAAACGCAUCACAAAGGAAUUCGCCGAAGUCUCCCAAACGCCCCCCGAAGGCUUCAUCGUCUCCCUCCCCCCCAACGACUCCGUCCACACCUGGCACAUCACCCUGCAGCCUCCCCCCGCCACGACCUUCUACCCAGGCCGCUUCGGCAUCCUCCUCACCCUCCCCACCGACUACCCCUUCAAGCCCCCCGUCGUCAAGUUCGUCACCCGCCUCUACCACCCAAACGUCACAAACGACUCCCUCGGCAACGUCUGCCUCGGCAUCCUCAAGGCCGAGAACUGGAAGCCCAGCACAAAGAUUGCCUCCGUGCUCGAAGCCAUCCGGAACCUGCUCAUCGAGCCCCAGCCCGACGAUCCGCUCGAGGAGCGCAUCGCCGACGAGUACCGCAACGACAGGGCCACGUGGGAGCAGAAGGCCAAGGCGCAGGUCACAAAGUAUGCUCUUGAGGACCCGGUCUUUCCGGCGACGGCGAAUUAGAAUCUGUCUGGGAGUCUGGAGAGACUUGAUUUAGAGUCACGAGCAGAGGGGUAGAAGCUGGAGGCGGGAUGGACGUUUAAAAAAAAUAAACAUAAAACAACCAAGAUGGGAGAGAUGGAAGAGAGAGACAAGGAUAAAAAGCUGAGAGGAGCUCAAGGAUCCACAAGUCGUUCAGUUGUGUUUGGUGCAUCGGCGUCAUUCAAUGAUGGCAGCGGGCAUAAAAUGGAGAGGGUUCCGCAACUUUGGCUUUGACUCUGGCUUUUGAUAUUGACAUGGUGGAUAUUGCGCAACGGACGUCUACAAGGAUGGAUGGAACAGCAUUGCUAAGGCUAGCAGCAGCAUGGUAUUUAGUGUUUGUUUUGUUUUCUCAAGCAAUAGAAAAAAAUAAGAGCUGGCUAUCGCUGGCUUGAAAUCUCAUGACUUAAG